AUGCGCGAGCGCUUUUCGAUCGUUGUAUUGAGCAUCUUCUUCUUCAUCGGCAUCGGCUCGUCACUGCCAUGGAACGUGUUCAUCACUGCUCAGACUUACUUCCAGCAUCGGCUAUCUGGCACCACGUACGAAGACUCGUUCCUGAACUGGUUCAGCAUGGCUUUCAACGUGAGCACGCUCAUGACGAUGCUCAUCCGCACGGCUGUCAUUGCCGAGCGCAUGACGAGUGCCGUGCAUACGGUCUUUUUCUCUCUUGUGGUCAUUAUGGGCGUCAUGUCGAUGCACUGUGCCUGGACGCGCAUGCCGGAAUUCCAAGGGUACUCCUUUUUCCAUACGACCAUGAUCAGUAUUCUGCUUGUCGCCUGCGCUUCGACGCUCAUGCAAGAAGGACUCCUUCGCAUUGUGGCAACGUUCCCGUCAAGAUACACACAGGCAGUCGUGAGCGGCCAGAGUUUCGCUGGACUGGCGGUCUCGCUGUCAAAUUUCGUCAUUUUGUGGGCCGGAGGGGACAACAGUGAUGCCGCUUUUUUCGGCUAUAACUUGCAAGCUGCUGCCGACCUGUGCGCGUUCACGUACUUCGUGCUCGUGUUUGUCACGCUAGUCCUCUGUCUAUUGUCGUUUGCAGUGCUCACGCGGAUGCACUUGUUCCGUCACUACCAGAGAGUUGAUCAUCCGACUCGAGAUCUAAAGAAGUACCUGGAGGAUGCACCAAGUGAAGCCGAUACGGUUGAUACAGUGGAGGCGUCUCCUCGGGAACUGCUGCUGGGCGAAGAAGAAACCAGGUUCAACGUGGACAUGCUGCAGAUUGCCUACAAAAUGCGCUUCUACGGGGCCGCGACGUUCUUUAUCUUCAUCGUGACACUUGGUGUGUUCCCCGGCGUUACAUCAGCCAUCAAGUCGGUGCAGCCUGAGGACGGUCUCUUCUUCAACAAGUUGUUCACGCCGUUCACGCUGAUUCUGUUCAACACGUCGGACUUUGUGGCGCGUCUAUCUGCCUCGUGGUAUUCGGAGUUUGGCCAGAAGAAGCUUUUGCUUGCCAGCAUCGCCCGAGCAAUCUUCUUGCCGCUCUUGAUGCUCUGCAACCUGCAGAACAAGUCGAAUGAAGUCAUCACGACGGUUCUCUUCCGGAGCGACGUGCUGGCCAUGCUUUUUAUUGCUGGAUGCGCCUACACGAACGGACUGCUCUGUACUCUGGCGUUCAUGGAGUAUCCCCGUCUUUUCCGCAAGAACGCUGAGAAGGAACUAGGAGGAAGUAUCAUCUUUUUCAUGCUGUCCAUUGGACUCACGGCUGGCUCGCUCAUGUCGUUCGUGCUUCGUGCCAUGUUGAAGCCAUAA